GUUGCAGUGUUGCGCAAGAAAAUAGCAUCAAGUAAGGAACGAGCCCAAGGUUUAGUAAAUAUGAUUGACAAACGCAUCCAUUACCUCUGUAAGUUAUGGGAUGAAUACUUGGCUAAAAAGGACGACAACGAGAUUGUUGAGCUGGCAAGGAUAGCGGUCAAUGACCCAGUCAAAAUUGGUCUAAACGAAGCAGAGGAUGCAAACUUCUUCGAGCGAGCUAAUUCAUUAAAGGAUAAGAUUGCCGAACUGAUGCUGCUCGAUGAACAAGCAGCUGAAGCACAUAAGAGGGCAGCAGAAGACAACAGGACUUUGACUGUUGCUGCUAAAAGGGUGAACUUACCUAUAUUUUAUCCCUUAACUAAUCUCAAUAAGUCCAUAUUCUAG